UGGAACUGUAAUGAUGGACAUUCAGUGUUGAGGAUGAGGUUCUGUUUAGAGUCUGGUUCCUCACAAGGUUUCUUCCUCAUGAAGUCUCAGGGAGUUUUUCCUUCAUCACAGUCACCACUGGGUCACUGAUUAGGGAGAAACUUAUAAAGGAACAAACUGAUAGUGAACAUUGCCCCAUAGCAGCUUUACAGAGAUAAAGAGGUUGUGUUUUUCCUUUCUGUGCUGGAGAGAGAGAAAGAGAAAGAUGAUGGACAGUGAAAAUGACAGUGAAAUUUCCUUCUCUGUUAAAUUCCUAGGCCGUGUAGAGGUGGUGCGGCGGUUGGGAUGGAGAUUCUGAUGGAAGCUGCUGCAGCACUGCAGACAGAAAAAAAGAAGAAAAAUAAAGUUCAUCUGUUUCUCUCCAAAAGUUCCAUCGACAUCUUGGAAAAUAAGACUAAAUUCAUGCUGUACUCCUGCACUCUCUCGUCCGUGUCUUUCUGCGCUGUUCAUCAGUUUCAGUCCAAACUGUUUGGCUUCAUAGCAAAUCAUCCGGCUCUCGACUCAAGUCACUGCUACGUCUUCCAGAGCACAAAAUUUUCUCAUCUGCUGGUGUCUGUGAUUGGAGAUGUGUUUCAGUCCAGCAGAUGUCUAGAUAGCAUGAGAGGAAGUCGUGAUCUGGUGGUGGAGGCCCUCAGACACAAGAAUAAAGUUCUUCAGAAGGAGAAUGUUGAACUAAAGAAGAAACUGCAGGAGAAAGGCAGAAGUGACACUGCUGAAGAGGAAACUGAUCACUCUGAUACAGAGCAGCAUACAUCACAUGUGAGAUUCAACUCAAGCAGUGACAUGACUGCAUUGCUGAGGAAUUUCUGAGCAACUUAAGUAAUAAUAGAUACACAUGCAGUGAUACACACAGUCAUACACAAUCAUACACACACACUCACACACACACACACACACACACAGUCAUACACAAAUAUAUAACACAUAUAUAUAAUAUACAUACGAACAUGCAC